CAUACUGUUUUUGACCCAUGCAACAGACUGCGUGAUCACAAUGUACUCAUAUCUUUGACUUUUGCAUUUGCAAAAUGUCUAUUUCCAUGCAAGGGCACGUUUUUUAUGUGCCAAUCGCUAGGGGACUCCAGCGUGGUGAUGCAUGGACACACACUCACUCACAGUCACACACACUCAUCUAGAUUAAUGUACUGCUCAGGAUGUUGCAGCCACAGCAGCCCAUCACAGGCAACGGGCCCAGUGCAAGCCGCGGUCUCGGGUUGAACGUCCACCCUGGAAUGCAUCCCCUUAACCCGGUGCACCCGCCUUCUCGACACCGCCCCGAAGGAGACCCCGCGGGCCUCGAAGGCACCGAAAAUGGACACGACAACCGCCGAGACAUUGGAGAUAUCCUGCAACAGAUCAUGACGAUUACCAACCAAAGUUUAGACGAAGCGCAAGCAAAAAAACACGCUUUAAACUGUCAUCGGAUGAAACCGGCUUUAUUCAGCGUCCUGUGCGAAAUUAAAGAGAAAACUGGUCUUUCCAUGAGAAAUGCUCAGGAGGAGGAGCCUCCAGACCCACAGCUCGUGCGAUUGGACAACAUGCUGCUGGCCGAAGGUGUGGCCGGUCCAGAGAAGGGGGGCGGAGCCGCCGCCGCGGUCUCUGCCGCGACCAGCUCUGGCGGGAUGUCACCUGACAGCUCACUGGAGCACUCCGACUAUAAAAGCAAGUUGAGCCAAAUUCGGAACAUUUACCACACAGAGAUGGAAAAAUACGAACAGGCCUGCAGUGAGUUCACUACCCAUGUUAUGAACCUGCUGAGGGAGCAGUCUCGCACCCGGCCCGUGUCUCCGCGUGAGAUCGAGCGCAUGGUGGCCAUCAUCCACCGCAAGUUCAGCUCCAUUCAGACGCAGCUUAAACAGAGUACCUGUGAAGCGGUCAUGAUACUGCGCUCACGCUUUCUGGAUGCCAGGCGUAAACGGCGUAAUUUUAGUAAACAGGCCACAGAGGUCCUGAAUGAGUAUUUCUACUCGCAUCUCUCGAACCCUUACCCGAGCGAGGAGGCCAAAGAAGAGCUGGCCAAGCAGUGCAGUAUCACUAUGUCUCAGGUGUCCAACUGGUUUGGCAACAAGAGGAUUCGCUAUAAGAAGAACAUUGGGAAGUUCCAGGAAGAGGCCAAUCUGUAUGCCAUGAAGACGGCCUUAGGGGCGACACAGAGCGAGGAAUCACCCCACACUCCAAACUCCACUGGCUCCGGAUCGUUCUCGCUGUCAGGGUCAGCUGACUGCUUCCUAGGAGUUCCUCCAAUGAACGGAGAGCAGCCUCGCUAUCACAUGGGGGCUCAGGACGCUCAAUCACGCUUCUCAAAAAGACUCUGUAGUACCAGAGAGAGCCGGACUAAUGGUAGCUGGCAGGAGCAGAACACGCCACCCUCCGCCGCUUCACCCGGCAGCGAUCACUCUGACAACUCGGACUGAUGAGCUCCUUCCGCUGGCGUCCCGCUCCGAUACCGGAGGACACACCAAAUGACGAAAGAAUGAUGGUCACUCUUCUACCCAAAUGCAGUUUUAGUUUUGUUUUUAGAAGCUCAUUAUCAGACUUGACAUGAAACACGAGCAGAGAUUUUCCAUGUAAACCGUUCAUAAAGCUGUUCUAAUGACAAUUGUCGUAUUCCAUUCAAUACGGUAAUUUACCUAAGAAUGGGCCUCAUUCAUGAAGCAUGAUGUAAAUUGUUUGUAAAAUCGUAAUUGUUUUUGCGUUCAGUUCAGUGCGAGCAGAACAAAUUUCUGUCAAAAUGUCUCACACACACACA